AUGUCCCGGACGAAAAUGCCAGGGCCCAGUCCCACCAGACUGCUGCAUCAGAGCCUCUCGGUCAUGCGCAUCGACGACAUCAAGACCCAUUCGACAGAAUUAGGCGGAAAUCCACGAUCAUGGGCCACGCACGAUCCACGCGAACGAUCGGAUCGAUCGCAACAUCGAACGGCAAUCAUCGCCGCUAUUCUAGUCAUCCUACUGAUUGUUGUGCCGACCUUCUGCGUCGUCAUGUUCUGUCUGCUUUGUCGCUGCAAGGACCGCAAACUCAUCCUUCCAAAGUCGGGUCCCCUUCCGUCUCCUCUCAGUUACGCUGCUAAGAAGCCUAUGGACAUAAAUACUUGUUGUGCCUCUUUCAGUAAGUGCUGUCGCAAAUGUGUCCCACGCCUGAACAACGAUCCGCCAAUCAUCUGUGCUUUCGGUCCGUUGAACAAGGAGAUCGGUGAGAUACAAGAGAACGGUCUCAGCCCGAAAUCGCCGGCUGGAAACGGGUACGCCAAGUCUAAUGGUGUGACAGUACCUGCGCGUAGCCCCUCCCGCCCAAGCAAUCGGGUGUAUCCUGACAACCACCUUGGUGGUUUCUCGACAGUAACUAAGCCGAAGCCCCGCUACCUGCUCGAUAUAGAAGCUGCCUGGGCUGAGGCCGAGGCUUCUGUAAACGUCCACAGUUCUUCGCAACCUCCGCCUGCCGUAAACGGUUCGAAGUCGCCAGCUACGCCACGCAUUGAGAUCUCCUCGCCACAGCUGCAAAAGACCACCUUCCGUGGGGAGACGCAGUCCCUGGCAGCGGCCAGCAAAAACCAACAACGGGCUGCAGCUCAGGCAACAGCGAGGCUAAACGCUGAGAAGGGGCCUACCCGCAAGCGUCUUGGCAAGACGCGAGCCCCAACUCAACCAAUCACUUCGUUUGAAGAGCUGAAGCCGCUGUCUCCGCUGAAGAGCACGAAACCCAGCAACAAAGUCUCACACUCGAAGUCCUUCAACCGGCAGCCCCCUGCACCUCUCACUGUCGAAAUCUCCGCGCCUACACUACAAAAUACUACGUACAAUCAUGCACUUCUCGAAUUACCCGAAGCCUACUCUACUCUGCGGCACCCUAAAAAGCAACAGCAUUCCACCACAAAAACCAAAGAUCCCAAAAGGGUUGGCCGGUAG